GAUUUCUAAAUUAGGUUUUCAUUCUCUGGUCUGGUUGAUCGAUUGCAUCCAAUGUGUGUUGAAUCAUGAAAUCCAUCUCCACUUUAUUGGUCAGAAAGAUUGAACUAGCUUACUGGUCUCAGUUAUCUGCAUGGACGUGUUUGUCUGUGGGAUUCACAUGUAGCAGAUUUAUUUCAUUGAGCACAUUGAUCCUGAUCCUUCACUUGGCUAUUAUGUUUUGAAGUUUAUGCCUGUAUUUAGGACCUAAUGGAAAUCCUUUUUGAGUAUUCAAUAUAAAACUUUUCCAGUGUUUAUUUGUUGUAGAGGUUGCUAUAGCGUGAGUUGAGAUAGGAGAUAUGGAUUUGGUGUGAAAUAGAGAAUACUAGGAACUUAGAGGAUUACUCUUGUUAAUCCAGAAAUUGAAUUUCUAGAUGUUUCUUGGAGACAUGCAUUGUGCGCUACAAUUCUUUUACCAUCAGGUUGUGCCUCGUUUGUUUAAAAUUUCAGCUGACAGUCUUUAAAAUUUCUUUUGCUAUGGAUUAAAUGGUGAAGACAUGUUUAUAUGUAUAAUUCAGCACCAUGAAAGCUGAAGACAAGCACUUGAGAUAAAGGGGUUAUUAAUUUGUCAGUGCAAACAAGUUGCUUAUUGCACUAGGUGGUGAGGUUAUAUAGCACGAAACUGUAUAUUAAUUGGCAUCCUCGUAAGUAUUCAAAUCAUGUGACUUGUGCUUGGCUUGGAAUGGUUGCUAUUGCUAGGCUAGAUUUCUUUUGCUUAAGUUGUCUUAUUGUUGAAUAGAAAACUCUUUUAAACGCUUGAAAGACAUAGGGAGGUCUCAUCUUUAGAUUUUAUAAAUCAUGUAAUCAUGCUCAGACCUGAAAUUCAGAAAAGGUAGAUGAGUGUGCUAGUAGAGUAAAUCAUCAUCAUAUAAUUAACAUAAUUGUAUGAUGGCUUCAAAAGCUAUUCCAUAUAUAUGUGGUGUAUUGAGAGCAAUUUGUUUCAUUCUGGAAAUUGCAAUUACCAUGACAAUGCUUAUGUUGCAUCUCGAGCUUUACACGUUGUGAAUGCAUUGAAUAGUUCUGCAACAUUCCCCUUGCUGGAGUUGUUAUUCAAGAACCAGGAGAAAUUCUAUGGUGCUCCAACACGGAACUUAUCUAGGGCUUCUAUUCAAGAGGAAUUUGUUAAGUCUGCAACAGAAGUAAUUGGAAGCUCUUUUUAUACUUGCGGAAAGAAUGGCUUCAACGCCUCAAAAACCGAUCUUCAGACCAGGAUUUCGUUUAAAUAUGCUGCUUCAAGAGGGGUCUAUGGAACACCCUUUUUCUAUGUCAAUGGAUUCUUGUUGCCUGUAGGAGACUCCAUUGACUACAAAACUUGGAAGAAGAUCAUUGACCCGUUGGUUGGGGCGGAGAAAAAAGUAAAAAAUGAAGAAUCCCUUCACUUCUUCUUGUAAAAGGUGCAGAUCUAUGAAGUUUAGUUGCAUCCGCACUUUACCAUUAAGGAAUCUAAAGAAUGUACUCACUGUCUGAUAGGUGUUGAUGCCAGGUAUGGAACUCAUAAAAGACAUUGAAUUCACUAGAAUAAAGUCUCUUUACUGUAUGAGUAAGAGUUUUAUAUUCCUGGCUUUAUAUUCUAGGGGUGUUUAGCUUUCACUGUUUUGCUUGAUUCUCUGAUCAAACACCCAAUAUAUUGGAAAAACAUGGUUUCACUGUUUGCUUGAUUCUCUGAUUAAACAUGUUUCCUGUUUUAGUGGCUUAAGGUGAGAUUGGAUUGAGGAUUAUGUCAAAUUCAAGUGCAAGUGAUAAAACUAACAGUGGUCAAGAAUAGGUUAAGUGAAGACAAUAUAAAACUGUACAUUUCUGAUUUGAUUCACAUGAAGUUGAUUGAAAAAGUAAUCAUUGUUUAGUGUUUACCAUUCUACUCUGCUGCUCGCUGAGAGGAUUUUGUGUUUAUAACUUUGCAAUAGAGCUUUAUUAAUUCAUAUUAUGUGCAUUUAAAUAUUAGUUAGGAUGUUUAGAAAAUUUCUUUAAAUGGUUAAUAAGUAAACUCCACAAUUAGAUGAGGUUAAAAAUGUCCAU